AUGGGAUCAAUCGACAAUUUCCAACAAGUCCACGAGCUAACGGCACUGGAGCGCAUUGGCCCCAAAGGAUAUCUUCGUUAUGUAUUCCCAUUUCAGCUGGAGGAGAACUACGACCUAAAUGAGGUUGCUCGAGUGCUGCAAGCCGGGUAUCAAGCUCUGGCACGACGGAUCCCGGUGGUGGGAUGUGAGGCAGUUCACGACGUCGACACGCCACAAAAAGGGGUGAUGAAGUUUCGGAGGCAAGAAAACAGUGAUGCAACACACAUUGUUGUCAAAGACCUGCGAAAUUCUUAUUCCUCUGCCUAUGCUGAGCUGAAGCAGAAAUAUUUUCCCGUGGCUGCCUUCGAUGCCGAUACCUUCUGCCGCCGAUCGGUCUGGCCCUCCGCUGGGGAACAGAUGCCCAUCUCUCUGGUGCAGGCCAAUUUUAUCCGUGGAGGCUUGAUUCUUACAUGGUGCAUCUUGCACAUGGCAGGCGAUGGCAAUUCAUUCUCGACAUGGACGGCAAUUUGGGCGGAGGAAUCCUGUCGCGCGCAGGGGAUUCCCAUCACAGAUCCUGUCCAACUCCCGGACGCCAUCUGGGCUGAUCGAAAACAAGUAAUGAGACGCUCCGGUCGCAAUCCGGGCAAGAUAGAAAAUCAUCCUGAAUAUACCUUGAUUCCUUUCACGCCGCCUGGAGCCCCACCAAAGAUGACUUCUUUGAAUCACCGUGGCCAGGUCUUCUAUUUCUCGCCCGAGUCCCUCGCCGCGUUGAAGGCCGAAGCAUCACCUGCUAAUGCCACUGUGACAUCUGAUCAGAAAUGGAUUUCAACCAACGAUGCCCUAUCGGCCCUUCUUUGGCGGACCGUGAUGGCAGUGCAAUCACCACUGGAUCAACUGGAGGGUGACCCUGUGUCGGUGUUCAAUAUCGCCAUUGACGGACGGCAACGGACUGAUCCCAAAGUGCACCCGCAGACCCUUGGCUGUUUUCUCGAAUAUGUUGCGGUUUCGGCUCCGAUCCGUCAGAUGCUGAGCACAUUGAGUCUGGCCGACUUGGCCAUCCUGAUUCGGAAGGCUAUUCUCCGGGCAGACGAGCAAUUUACCGAUGAUGUCGUCGCUAUGGUUGAGCAGUUGGAGGAUGUGGAUCGGCUGGUUCCGACUGCAUUUUUGGAUGUUCCGGGUAACAAUUGUGUGCAGACCUCCUGGUUGAACUUCAAACUGUACGGGUUUGACUGGGGGCCGGUGAUGGGUCAGAAGAUUGAGGCUGUCCGAGUGCCACACGUGGGAUGCAUUAAUGGGGCUCAGGUAGUGCUUCCAGUGUUGCCAGAUGGGGGAAUGGAGAUUCUCGUUGGCGUGGAAGAGAGCUGUUUAGACCGGUUGUUCUGUGACCCUCUUUUCAACAAGUUCGGAGUAGCACGGUAGGCCACUCGGCAACAGGCAACCAGGAUUUCUGUCA